UUGCUGGCGGAUGAGGGCGCUUCACCGCCAUUAGAAACACACGCAUAGACACACGCGCGCGCACGCACACACACACACACUGACUCUCAGCUACGUAGCGCGUGUAGCUCUGGAAGUGGGUAGAUGAUGGACUGAGUUGCAGAUAAGACCAAAAAUAUUCAGCAGGAAAGCGACACAGAGCCGAUUACUCGAUGGUCGGAUGCUCUGGAAAGCCCAAUCGCGCCGAUCAGACUGGACCGGGCAGGCUGCAGUGAAGAGGCGCAGGACUUUUCGGGCUUGUUUCUCGGGCUGGCCAUCAGAUGAAGUUGUGAAAAGUCGAUCAGCAGUGUCUUUGUGGCGUUUUAAGCGCAAGACUUCAAAAAUAACAUCAUGGCCGCCUUGUCCUCCAAUCUCCUACUCCUUCUCCUUAUGUCCUCCCUGGAUUGGCUGUCCACUCCGGGAAAUGGCUUCUUCAUGGCCCGGCACGACGUGACGUCACCAGCUCCCCCGGAACCUCACAUCACCGAGUGCAUAUCAAGAGACCAGGCCACAUUCCAAUGUUGGUGGAGUCCGGGCAACUUCCACAACCUGUCCUCUCCUGGAGCGCUCAGACUCUUCUACAUUAAUUCGCUUGCUAGCGAAUGGAAAGAGUGUCCGAAGUACGUCCAUCCGAAUCGGGAGUGCUUCUUCGACAACAACCACACGUCCAUUUGGAUCCCUUACUGCAUGCAGCUUCGCGGCCAGAACAACGUCACCUAUUACAACGAGGAGGACUGUUUCAGGGUGGAGAACAUCGUACGUCCUGACCCACCAGUGUCUCUAAACUGGACCCUGCUCAAUAUAAGUCCCUCGGGGCUAAACUAUGAUGUCAUGGUCAACUGGGAGGCCCCGCCCUCUGCCGACGUCAAGACCGGCUGGAUGCGCAUUGAAUACGAGAUCCAGUACAGGGCGGGAAAUACCACAAAAUGGGACGCGUUGGAGAUGCAGAGGCAAACCCAGCAGACAAUCUUCGGUCUCCACGUAGGAAAAGAGUACGAAGUGCACAUCCGCUGCAGGAUGCGGAGCUUCGUCAGGUUUGGAGAGUUCAGCGACCCCAUCUUCAUUCAAGUGAUCUCCAGCAAAGGGUCUACCUUCCCGCUCACCCUGGUUCUUGUUUUCGGGAUUACGGGCGUCCUCAUACUGGUCAUGCUGAUUGUUUCCUCGCAGCAGCGAAGAUUGAUGAUGAUUCUGUUGCCGCCGGUUCCUGCACCCAAAAUUAAAGGCAUCGAUCCAGAGCUGUUGAAGAAAGGGAAGCUGGACGAUCUGAAUUUCAGCUCCACCGGUGGAGGUCUGGGCGGCCCACCGACUUACGCAACAGAUUUCUACCAAGAUGAGCUGUGGGUGGAGUUCAUCGAGGUGGACGCUGAGGAUGCAGGCACUGGGGAGAAGGAGGACAACCAGGGCUCAGACACCCAAAGGCUCCUGGACGUUCCCCAACCCAUUAGCCACCACAUGAACAUCGGCUUCUCCAAUGCCGUGAGCUUCCCUGACAGUGACUCGGGCCGGGCGAGCUGUUAUGACCCAGAUGUGCCGGACCAGGACACGCUGAUGGCCACCUUGCUGCCGGGCCAACCCGAGGACGGAGAGGUGAAAACAUCCCCGGCUCCAGAGAGGCUCCUCAUCCGUACCCAAACCGCAGGGCCCCAGACUUGGUUCAACACUGACUUCUACGCCCAAGUCAGCAACGUGAUGCCCACCGGCGGGGUGGUGCUGUCUCCUGGCCAGCAACUUAGAAUCCAGGAGAGCACCUCUGGCACAGAGGAGGAACCGCAACAGGGAAAAGAGCACAAAGGCAGCGAGGACAGCGAGGAAGAAAAGGAGAAGGAGGAGCAGUUCCAGCUGCUCGUAGUGGAUCCCGAAGGAGGCAGGCAGGCUGCAGAGAGCAACACCCCGCAGAUGUUUGCCCCGCCCAGCUCCCCUAUCCCUGGCGAGGGUUAUCAAACCAUACUCCCUCAGCCAGCGGAGACUGAACCUGCAGCCACGGCAGAGGACGGCCAAUCCCCUUACAUUCUUCCGGACUCUCCCCAAUCCCAGGUCUUUGCACGAGUUGCGGACUACACGGUGGUACAGGAGUUGAACAGUCAGCACAGUCUGCUCCUCAACCCGCCUCCCCGCCAGUCUCCCCCUGCCUGCCGGCCACAGCACCCGCUCAAAGCCCUCCCCAGCAUGCCUGUGGGGUACAUCACCCCAGACCUGCUGGGGAGCCUCUCCCCGUGAAGAUGCCGACGCCAUCGGGCCUUUUAGGUGUAAGAAUGAUCGACCAGGACGUCCCACGCAGUCGCGAGAGCCUGUUUCUCACUGAUUCCCGCUGCAAACCAAAUAACUCGUAGCCCACCUUGCGGAUGAUUGAGCGCAGGUGUUUGUUUUUUUGUUGUUUUUUUUAGACGAGAAAAAACACCAUCGAUCAGUUUGGUCCAUUGAACUGAACCACCGCAAACCAAAUUACACACUUUGCUCGAUUCGCCUGACGCGCGUGCGCAGGUAAAAGGCCGAUACUGUGAUCGUAACACGUCAAAAAGCAUUAGCUCGCUGCUGAAGUGGAUCGCAUUAGCUAAUAUCGUUAAGAGCAAUGGCAUUGUUGAAGUCUUAAUCUCACAGACAGAUGUCAGGGUGUGUAGCGAGAGGAGACAAGCACAUUCUGGCCGCCUUUUUUUUCCGCAGCGCUCUGAGAAGAAGCCGCUGUUGAUGCCUCUUGCUGGUAGAGAUGCUUCGUCGCUCAAUUGUGGCUUAGUUUUUCUCUUUAUCUCGUUGUGUCCUAAUCAGUAAUUAGUAAAAAAUAGACAUCUGUCCUAAAAUACAGUAUAAAAAAAACACUACUAUGGAGUUUUACCGUUCAUUCCUGGCUCCAUUUUGUUUAAUGCUGGCCAUGCUUGGCCAAAUUUAGAUUAUAUGAUGUCAAGAUAUUUUUCUCUAUUUUUCUACCGCCACAAUAGUGUUUAAAAGAAUAACUACUUUCAACAACUGAAAAAGUAACAUUCAGUAUAAAUGCAGACACACACUCAGUGAUUAGUAUACAGCUAUAUCAUCAAUAUUAUAUAUUAAAUGAAGGAAAUCACUGACGAAUAAAAGGGAAUUUCAAAAUAAACGUAUUCAUGUAAUGCGUUAAAUAUUAUGGAAUGAUUAAAAUGGCCCAGCAUUGAGCUACUCAUUCUACUUCAUCCACCCACAAGCACUGACUCGUCCGUAUUUAGAGGAACCUCGUCAGAUUCAUUCGCAGCCGGUAGCCGCUCGGCUCAAACAGCGCUGCGGUACCCCGAACAAGUGCCUUGCUUAAGGGCACAUUGAUGUAGCUGUUUAGUAGAAGGGAAGACAAACAGACACACCUGUUGCAUUUCAUCCUGUGAUAGCAGCAACCUGUAUAACCAGCAGCCACCCGCAGUGGCUCGACUGGAACCUCAAUGAGCGAGCUCUCUCCCGGGGAGCCGUAUUCUUCUCGCGUUGCACUGCUAUUGCAGACGGCAACUGGAACAAGUAGAACGACUGUGAAAGUAGGUAAGAGCUGCAGUAAGCUAACAUUUUAUACGUAUUAUCUGCCGAGUACACGGCGUAACAACCUGUGCCUAUUGAUAGUGUUAUUCGCUUUGCCAUCUGUGUGCCAUGGCAUGAUUAUGUGAUUAGGAUUUAUGCCUUAUUGUACUAUGUGUAGAUGAAUAGGUGUAAAGCCUCGACUAAACUAAAAAACCUACACAUACACUAGCACAGCAUACACACACACGCACUACAAGUUUACCGUAAUUGUUAUUUAAUUUAGCCUUCAUGACAAGAUCACGGCUGUGUUUUGUCAAAGCUAAUAGUUUCCUUUUGUAACCGUUUUGGUGUCAGAUCGCUCUCGUAAAACUGAGCACAAUUUCAAUAACCAAAAAUGUUGAUCAGGGCUGGUGAUGACAGACUUUGAGUUCCACGUUCUGGAUUAAUAGAGUAUUUCUUUGCUAGAAGACAUGGUAUACGUGCACAGUUAUGUAUUGAUUACUUUACCUCACAUACUUUUAUUAGAGAAAUCAAAAACUGGGGAAAAAGAAUCUGUUGCUUAGUCAAUAUUUAGUCGCAAUAGAUUGUAAUGUACGGUAGAUGGAUAGAUUGAGAUAGAUUGUAAUGUACGGUAGAUAGAUAGAUUGAGAUAGAUUGUAAUGUACGGCGCUCUACGAUAAUUGACAACAGUCAACACCAUCUGUCAAGGUUCUCCUCAUAUACAUUUUCCUUCUCACCAUAGAGGCUUUGACAACAGGCCGCAGCCAACGCAGCAGCGCAGCGUAAUGUACACAAAAGCUAUGGAAGCUUUGGCUCGUAGAGGUUACCCAAUGUCUUUAUGAUGGAGGAAAAACAUUGAAUCCCCAUUACGGCAAGUACACAAACGAUUUAAAAGGAUUGUUAUUGAAUAACGUCAAGGCAGCCGUAGAAUGAACUCGUCCCAACACAACAUAUUUCAGCACGCCAACGGAAAUGCGUCACGUUGCCCUGGAUUCAUCCUUGAGAUAAGUAGGCUAAGCGGAUAGAAUAGGUCUUUUGUAAUGGACAAUCCCAUAAUGAAGAGAGACAAGGCAAGAGCCACCAAACGACUUUAGAAAAUAGUAAACUGUGAACGUUAAGAGAUAUGGGCCAUUUCUCUACCCUCAGUCUGUGUUCUGUCGUUGCAGCCUUGAGUCGAGGAUGCCAGCCAGCCAAUGCUGUUGCAGAAAUGUCUUAAUAUAUUCACACACAAAAAAUUCUAACUAUAUAUAUCUGUAUGUAUAUUUUUAUUACGUUAUUACUGUUACUAAUCCAAAUAUAUUGCUGCUCGGUACAUGUAUCACUGUGUCGCCUGGUGAUAAAAACAUAAUUGGAUGAUGCUGGUAUCUGAGGGCGGUCUGCCGCCUGGGGGAAGUGGGAAAGCACGAUUUGGUUCAGGUAUUUGUUCCAUUGUAAUUGUGAAUGUUUCGGAACUGGAAUAUGCAAUCACAACGUUGAGGGGAAAUUGGCAAGAACAAGAGAAAGUUACAUCACUGAAAGAUGUAUAUUUUUAAAAACUAACAAACAGCGCAGGAUAUAAAUCAGGAGGUGUAUGGCUUUUAUUUUAAGGCUUACUGUACAAGUGUGUACUACAUUGUGUUUGCCAGUACAAAACGGGCUCUUUAUCAACCUAGUGUAAAAGUUUGCGAGUAUUUCUAGCUUAUAAAUGUUACAGACACUUUAGAGCAAGCACUUUGUACGCAAACACAUAUAUUGAUAUAUGAAUUAGUAUUCUGAUUUGGGGUUUUGGACUGAAUCAAGUCCAAAACUUUACAUUAUCGUGUCGUUGUUUUUAUUCUGCACAAUAAUCAGACAAUGUGGAAACUUCAAUAAGCUUUGUGUCCGAGUUAAUAAGAGUUAAUGGGACAUAUUUUAUGCUACCAGAUUGCCUGAAUUAUGUUCAUCAAUGGAGUAUUUAAUGUUUGCUGUAAGAUUUCUGGAUACCAGGAGCAGGUAGACUUUCAUGACGUCAGAGUGAAAUAGUUACACUGUAAAAUAACACCUUGCAGUUGUCUGACUUUGUGAUUUCAGCAUUUUUUAUUAUCUGACUGCGAUUGAAGGGGCUACAGUGUUUUAUUUGGGCCUCUUCGUUUUUUUUUGUUCUUUGCAUUGGUUGCAGGCUGGCUUUAGUCACUCUGUGAAAGCCUGGAAGUCAUCUUGAGAGCUUGAAUUUGUACUGGUUGAAACUCUUCAUUCUUGAGUUCCCCGUCUGACAUUUUUUGGGUUGCCGGCAAAAUGUUUUAAUUCAUGACUUGAGUGCAGCUGCUGGCUUUUUUAUGACAAUGUUCAGUGGCUCCCCUCUCUGUUUUCUACCCGUGUGCUAUUUAUUGGCGUGCUUACAGUCCUCAGAUCAUCCGCCCACUCAGCUGACCACAGCGAGUGGGGCAGCUUGAGUAUCGUGUGCGCUGUUAUUCUCCAACGUGUGGCGUCCAAGCUUGUAAAGCAAAUAUUCUCCUUGUCAGAGUUUGGAAACGGCUGCAUUGCGGUUUGUGUGUGUGUGUGUGUGUUAGUUCGCAUCGGCUUCAUUCUUUUCCCCAUAUUCUCAGAACCUGUGCAUCUUGGAGCCACUGUCGCUGUCUUUUGGCUGCAGUUAAACUCGAGGCCCGAGAAAUGUGUUGAUCUUUGAUGAUUUGUAUUUUUCUGUUGUUUCCCGUUGAGCCUCUCUGGUGUUGUAUGUGUGAUUGAUGAGCUUUCAACAAGUUACACAAUAAACAUAUAUACAGCAUCUUGA